AAAGGGCGUCAAUUUGACUUUUUUUGUAUGAAGUUAGUAUGGUAGGCAGCGACUUAACCGUUGCUCUCCAAAGGUUGAAGAGGGAAGAAUGCAAGCGCACAAAGCACGACCCCCAUUUCUCCAAUUGGAAGGUUCUUGUUGGGCCCUGUGAUUGGGAGGACUUUUCGGUGGGGAAGGAAGGAGCUGAAAGGUACAGAGUUCAAAACCUGCCUAGGAACGAGAGCCCAGGAGUGUAUGAACUUGGGGUUGCUGUUUUGCGCGGUGGUACUGGUUUAGGCCGUGGGAUUGAAGCGGAUAAAAUAGUCCCGGUUUAUCUUGGACAGGCUGAUAGUGUGAGGACCAGGCUCCAGCAGUAUGGCCGGACAGGGGCUCAUUUGGGCAAGUGCUGCUGCUCAGUUGGGAUUCCGAGUGAGCGAAUCCGAAAGGGGCCUGGAUUGUUUGAGGAGAUGCUGGCAAGAGGCUACCCCAUUGUGUAUAGAUGGGCUCCUAUGGGAACCAAAAGUGAGGCCCUGAAAACAGAAAGUCAGCUGCUUAACACAUUUGAUUAUGCAUGGAACACAAGCAUCAAUGGUGCACGGCGCCCUGAUGAUGUCCUUCAGAAACUCAAGAAAAUUUCCUCAAAACCUACCCGAUUUACUAAUAUUGUCCAGCGGCUUCUACCUUUCAGACAGAAGCAAGUCGGUAUUAGAAUUAACUCCAGCAAACUGGUUUCAACAGAGGACAAGUUCAGUGACUAUGCUGAUAGGGAGAGCCGGACUCUCAUAGCCCAGGUUUUCAAGUUUGGCAGAUCACAGCCUAGGUUAGUUUUGGAUAGAAGUGGGAUUACUCAGGAAAAUACUAUAAUUUGUGGGGUGGCUGUAGGGGAUGGGUCCAUCUGUAGAAAGGAACCAGUUCAAGGAAGAAAGAGGUGUGCUGAACACAAAGGGAUGAGGAUUACAGGGUCGAUUACAGUUAGGAUAUCAAAUAGCAAUAUUGAUUCAAAAUGCAGUGUUAUCAGCAACAGAGAAUUUGUUUCGUAUGAAAGUGGGAUUACUCAGGAGAACACUGAAAUUUGUGGGGUGGCUGGAGGUGAUGGGUCUAUAUGUAGAACACCACCAGUUCAAGGAAGAAAGAGGUGUGCUGAGCACAAAGGGAUGAGGAUUAAAGGGUCAAUUACAGUUAGGAUAUCAGAUAAGAAUGUGGACUCAAAGUGCAGUGUUCUCAGCAACAAAGAGCUUGAUAGUCAUGAUGCAUCAAAUGUGAAAUAUGAACCGGUACAGCUUCCACCAGUUCAUGUUUGUGAGAGCUCUACAUCGAUAUGUGGAUUCAUCUUGGCCGAUGGCUCUCCUUGUAGAACAGAACCAAUUCAAGGAAGAAAAAGGUGUGAUGAGCACAAAGGGAGAAGGAUUCAGAAAUGCAACUCCAAGUCAGUGAAAGAAGAGAAGGUCGAAAUAUGUGCAUGAUGUAUUGAUGUAUUCUAAUUUACAAAACUGUUCUAUACUUAUACCAUACAAGAACUGCUCAUGAAAGGAAGAGGUGUGAGCAAAUACUACAAAAGGAGGAAGAAGAGUCUCCAGUUGAUGUUUUAUUCAUUUUUUUUUUUCUGAAAUAGAAAAUAUACUGUGUGAUUUAUAGAUUCAUGCUUAUGUUGUAGCAUUCAGGCUUAUCUGUAUGAGUUAUAGCCUUUUAAGUUAUUGUUGUACCCUGUACCCUAUUGAAAUUGGGGCAUGAUUAUUGUAUCAUGUACUCUAAUUUAAUUUUAGUACAGUUCCAUAUUUUCUGUUAGAUUUGAUUC